CGUACUGCUGAAGAGAUAGCCAGCUGUCCAAGACUGUCACAUUUCAGAUUCCCCUGUGCUCGCACUGUCUACAGAAAACAGCUUCUAUCACUUGACUCAAUAUACUCAGCAUCUUCGUUCGCAAUAUCUUAUUGACGUGACCUCUCACUCGGUACUCCGCUUUUCGACGCGACCUACUCGCACCGCCGGCUGUCCUCAUGCACUCGCCAUUGACCGAACAUUUCAUCGUUGAUCCCCGAUUCUCACGAUUCACGCCCUCCGUUCCCUUGGGUGACCUUUUCCUGCGUAGCCGACCCACCUAACCGACACCUCAGAUCUCUCAUCUUGAGCACGAGGGUCUUGAUCACUCUUCCUACCUGAACAACCUUCAGUUGCAGGGUUAGUCGACAUUCGACUGCCCUUUUUCACGCCGCCAACAUUCCUUCUCCUCCCCGCUACCCCGACUCAUUCCUCCACCACCGAUCGCACUCGUCCCGUUCACGAGCUGAGCUUGGUAGCCAGAUUGCCGCGUUGCCAGCUCAAGAAGAAAACGAGAAACACGAGAGCUCUCGGCGACCGUCAUUGUCUUCGGCUACGGAAUCUGACGACUUCUCUCUCUGGAGUGACACAGGAGAUCUCGCAGAACAGCUUGCCAACGACGAGGAUCCGUAUCGGAUCGAGCUUGAUCCUCUUACCAGAGAAGGUCAGAGGCUCAAGGGCUCCGGUCACGGUGGAGGGCGGAAGAAGAAAGUCGGUUUCAAAAAGCAACAUCAUCUCGAGGGGAGUUCAAGUCCUCUGCGGAUAGAUAAAGAAGCUAUCUUCGUUCCGGAGCCUCCACCGAGGCAGAUAUCCAAGGCAGAAAGAUUGCUAGCGCUCAUCAUGGCACCGAACGACCCUCAAUCAGCCCGGGUCAAGGGACUCGUUGGCAAACCUCUUUUAUAUUUUACGAGUGUAUUUGUGUCUCUGGGAGUUUUCCUUUUCGGAUAUGAUCAAGGCGUUAUGUCUGGUAUUAUCACUGGUCCUUUCUUUAGAGACUAUUUCAACCAGCCAGGUCCAGCUGAAGUUGGGACUAUGGUUGCAAUCCUCGAGAUCGGGGCUCUGAUCGCAUCAUUAUGUGUUGGUAGAGUGGGAGACAUCAUUGGACGCCGCCGCACCAUCCUCUACGGCUCCAUGGUUUUCUUCGUUGGAGGCAUGCUCCAGACCUUUGCAAAUGGUAUGCCCAUGAUGAUGGUUGGGAGAUUUAUCGCCGGUCUUGGUGUCGGAGCGCUCUCCACAAUCGUUCCUGUCUAUCAGUCUGAAAUCAGUCCUCCGCACAAUCGCGGCAAGUUGGCGUGUAUAGAAUUCACGGGCAAUAUUACUGGUUACGCUGCCAGUGUUUGGGUGGACUAUUUCUGCAGUUACAUUGAGAACGACAACUCAUGGCGAACGCCUCUUCUUAUGCAAUGCGUUAUGGGAGCUCUGCUAGGUUUUGGCAGUUUGAUCAUUUGUGAAUCUCCAAGAUGGCUUCUGGACAAUGAUCAUGAUGAAGAAGGAAUUAUUGUGAUCGCUAAUCUUUAUGGGAAGGGUGACAUCCACAAUCCGAAGGCGCGACAGGAAUACCGAGAGAUCAAGAUGAAUGUGUUGAUACAACGCCAGGAAGGAGAACGGUCAUACGCUGAUAUGUUCAAACGAUACAGCAAACGCGUCUUCAUCGCCAUGUCCGCUCAGGCGUUUGCCCAACUCAACGGCAUCAAUGUCAUUUCCUACUAUGCGCCACUCGUCUUUGAAUCAGCUGGGUGGGUUGGACGAGAUGCAAUUCUCAUGACAGGCAUCAAUGCCAUCUCAUACCUAGCUUCGACUAUCCCACCUUGGUAUCUGGUGGACAGGUGGGGACGACGACCUAUUCUCCUUUCCGGAGCAGUGGCUAUGAUCAUCUCGCUAUCACUGAUCUCGUACUUUAUCUUCAUCGACAUCAAGUACACCCCUGCCCUAGUGGUCAUUUUCGUCAUGGUAUACAACGCUUCUUUCGGCGCGAGUUGGGGUCCUAUUCCGUGGCUGUACCCACCGGAAAUCUUGCCUUUGAACAUUCGAGCCAAGGGUGCUAGUUUGAGCACGGCCAGUAAUUGGGCCUUCAACUUCUUGGUGGGAGAACUCACGCCUGUACUACAAGGUGCUAUCAAAUGGCGCUUGUAUCUUGUACAUGCGUUCUUUUGCGCCGUAAGUUUUGUUCUUGUAUAUUUCGUCUAUCCCGAGACCGCAAACGUUCGUCUCGAAGACAUGAAUGCACUCUUUGGGGAUGCCACAACUGCAAUGCCCACACCAGCAUCACACGCAGAACAAGGCUCCCUAAUGGGUGUUGGGUCUCCAUCCUCGAUCGACAUCAGACAAGGAGCCAGCCAACCUGGAAUGUUUGCAGCCGGCGACGCCAUUCCCGGCCUUGAUAUCGAUCCACCCGAUGUCCAGCUAGACGGCAACGGCAAACCGCGAGGUCGAAGUGAUAGCUCCCAAGGCUUCGGCAACUGGAUUGGGAGGAUGGUAUCGAGGUCACGACAAGAUAGUAGUUCCCGGGGCCAGUACAACAAAGUUGGACAAAACGAAGAUUAAGUUGGAAUGCAUUUAUAUUGGAUCAUGACAGCGGCCUAUCUGUCAUAUAGACUUGAACGGCAGCGAGGCAGGCGUUUCUGGGGCCACAUCUGAAAAAGGAUCAGUCCCAUUGGUAUCCGCAAGGUACCAUGUUGGUGAUUGUGUUUGGAGGGCCAGUAUGGGCAUCAGGUUGAACCUGACGACAGUGGAGUUAAUGUAUAUGUACCAGGAUUUUAACCUAGCAUUUCAAGGGAUUACAGAAGGACAGGUAUUCCUGAUUCACAUCCCUCAUAGACAAUCUGGAUUAGGAAUAUCGGUCUUCGUAUGAACAAGUCACUAUGAG